AUGGCAUCCCAAGAAGUGGCUGCAGCAAAGGUGGCAUCGAUUUUCAUAUAUCCAAUCAAAUCCUGCCGUGGAAUUUCUGUCUCUGAAGCACCUCUUGCAUCCACUGGUUUUAGGUGGGAUAGAUUGUGGAUGGUUGUGAAUUCUAAAGGCAGGGCAUAUAGUCAAAGAGUUGAGCCAAAACUUGCUCUAGUUGAGGUAGAAAUGCCAAUAGAAGCAUUUUCUGAUGUUUGGGAACCAAAUAACAAUUCCAUCUUAGUUGUCAGGGCCACAGGCAUGGAUUUAUUGAAGAUUCCGCUGGCCGAACCAUCUACAAUAGCAGAUGGAGUCUCAAUCUGGGAGUGGGCUGGCGGGGCACUUGAUGAGGGAAAUGAAGCAUCAGAGUGGUUCUCCAGAUUUCUUGGCAAACCAAGUCGGCUAGUGCGUUUUAAUGAAGCAUCAGAAACCAGGCCUGUCUACUCUGAUCCUGUCCGCAGUUAUAAGAUUAAGUUUAAUGACAUGUAUCCUUUUCUCCUGGCAUCUCAGGGAUCAUUGGAUGCAUUAAAUGAUCGUCUGGAGGAACCUAUACCCAUGAAUCGGUUUAGACCUAAUAUACUUGUUGAAGGAUGUGAGCCAUUUUCUGAGGAUUUGUGGAAGGAGAUCAGCAUAAACAGAUUAACAUUCUAUGCUGGCGAGCUAUGCUACCGCUGUAAGAUACCAAGCAUCAAUCAAGAAACAGCAGAAGCAGGUUCAGAGCCCACGGAGACGCUGAGAAAGUUUCGUUCAGACAAAGUCCUGUGUCCAGAUAAAAAACCACAGGGGAGGGUUUACUUUGGAAAAAUGUUAGUUUGCAAAGAUUCACUUACUCAAUGGAAAUCGAAGAAAAUACAAGUGGGAGAUCCUGUUUAUAUUCGCGAAUUAUUACCUUCCUAUAACGAUGCAGCAGCUUGACCUUAAUAUGUUCCAUGUACAGAUUCUGCCCACUUGCCCUGCCUUGAAACCAUGCAAGUAUAAUGGUCAAACAUUUUAUGUUUGCAAAGAUGUGUUUUAAACUGUAACCCUUCGUUAUAUGUUUACCAGUCAAGCUAGUUGUAAAACUUUUCAUCUGAUGUUAA